CGAAUCGAAGACCAUGAUUGGCCCGUUAUUAAUUUUAUUCCUUUCUUUCGUACAUAAAGAAAUUUCCGCUACAAACCUAACCGAAAAUUAUGGAUUAGACAUCUACCGACUUCUGAGAAAUUACAACUACUCCGUGGAAACCCACUGGGUUCAAACCGAAGACAACUACGUCCUGCGCAUGCAACAUGUCGCCCGAAGGUACGGAACGCUCUCUGAGAGCCGCGGCAAACCGGCCGUGCUGCUGAUGCACGGGCUGCUCAGCAGCGCUGCGGAUUACGUGAACAUGGGCCCCGACAGGUCCCUCGCUCUAGCUCUAGCCGAUGCCGGUUUCGACGUUUGGCUGGGGAACAACCGAGGAACCACUUGGUCGAGGCAACACGUCACCCUGGACCCGGACACCGACGCGGCCUUCUGGGAUUACAGCUUCGAAACCUGCGGUUACUACGAUUUGCCGGCGAAGAUCGAUUACAUUAUCGAGCAAACGGGCCAGGAAAAAAUAUUUUACGUGGGCCAUUCGCAGGGCACUUCGCAGUUUUUCGCCAUGGCAGCUCUGAGGCCGGAGUACAACGAUAAAAUAGCCUUGAUGUCCGCUCUAGCGCCGGUUGCUUAUAUGCAGCACAUGGCUUCCCCCAUACCGAGAUUGAUGGCUAAAUACAUGGAUCUCUUGCAAAUAUUGACGGGUUUGUUGAAUAUCCACGAGUUACUGCCCAUUCUCAAUUAAUAACGGACGCUGCUAUUGCAUUGUGCUCGGACGGUUCGAAAUUACAAGAAUUCUGCGCGCAAGUUUUGUUUGAACUCUGCGGUUACAAUUCACCGCAACUCGACCGAACUGCCAUACCCGUCAUGGCUUCCAAUGCACCGGCAGGAAUGUCCGUGAAAAUGUUACUCCAUUACGGACAAGAAAUCCAUUCCGGCUACUUUAGAAGAUAUGAUUAUGGUAUAUUGAAUAUAAAACACUAUAAAUCGCUGGAGCCUCCUUUGUUCGAUAUUUCUGCCAUUAGAGCGCCGGUGGCGUUGUAUUAUGGACAAAAUGAUUAUUUCGCUGCUAUUAAGGAUGUCGAAAGGUUGGCUGAAGAAUUACCAAACGUAGUCAAGAAACGGCUAAUUGAAGAUAAAAAGUUUAACCAUCUUGAUUUCAUCUGGGCGAAAGAUGUAAACGAAAUCAUCAACAAAGAUCUAGUGGCUCACAUGAAAGAAUUUGUAAGUCAAAGUAAUAGAGCUAAUAGUAGUUUUAACCAACUUCAAAUUGUAAUUACUUCUUUAGUUUUUGUAAUUAUAAGUAGAUAUUUUUAAUAAUAUAGC